AGGUAAUUGUGCCACCAGCUGCCUUUCUGCUUGUGCAGAGUCUGCGCCACUGAGUAUCGGUUUAUAAGUCUGUGUUGUAGAUGAACUAAGUGCCUGCCUGCCGUUGUUCCAGUAACACCGUAUAUAUCUGCAGUGCGAUUUUGGACUGAGAUUGCAACGAACGUAUUUCAAGCGACCUGCCCUGAGCUGUGCCGCCGCCGUACGAAAACGCUGACCCGAACUUACUCAGAAAUGAUUGCGGAGGUAACAGUGGGUGUGCUGCUCAGCAUCCUCAGCCCCGUCGCCCUCGGGUUUCCUGACGGAGCGCCCAUAGAAGCAUGCAUCCUCCCCCACGCCAACAGCCCCAACCACGCCGGGACGAAACCCAUGCCUCACCAGACGGAACACCACCAGUUCACAGCCUCCUCCGGCACAUACACUCCCGGAGAACUCAUUGAAGUGACCAUCAGCGGGCCUCCCUUCAAAGGAUUCUUCGUGCAAGCCCAGGACAGCCACACCGGAGACUGGCUCGGCGAGUUUCUGGAGGAGGGCCCCGUCAAGACCCACCCCGAAUGCUCCGCCAUCACUCACGCUGACAAAGCGCGCAAGAAGCACAUUCGCCUCACCUGGCGCGCGCCUCGCUCCGGCUCGGGAUCGGUGAAGUUCACUGGGACGGUUUUGGAGAGGUACGACAAGUACUGGUCCGACAUGGUGGCUGAGGUGGCAUCGCCUCGUCGCCGCUUCUGAGUCCCAUCGCUUCGCAUCGCUUUCCAGUCAAGUCGUGGCACCCAUCAUUGUCUGGUUUCAUCUAUUUAUUAGUUGUUUAUUGUUUACAUGUUUGGAUUUUAUUUUUUUUUUGGUCCAGUCACAAAUAUAUAGAAGGAUUUUGGCGUCUCUGUUUGUACAUUUCUUUGGUAAACCUGGCUUUGGAAAUGAUUUAGUGUUGUUUUCGCUAUAUAGUGCAUGGUAUUUAACUUAUGUAGUUUCCAUACACUUUAGGGUUGAAAAUAGAGGUGAAGUUA